AUGUCGCUCCUUUACCGCUGGUUUGGUCCCGUCUACGAGGCGAUUCUAUGCCCAGGUCUUCCAUUUGGUCUUCGUUGGCGCCUUCUAGUAUUCCAGCCCAUCGUCUUGUUCGCCAAUACAAUUCAGUAUUGGCGUAGUAUACGCUCGAAACAUCCCAGGACCACCAUCUGGAUUCCUCUAAAGCGCACACCAGGCCACUCCGUUCGCGCCAUCGUAUAUCAUCCUCCAGAGAAAGUGGCACAAUCCAAACCACGAGCUCUCCAUCUCAACAUACAUGGGGGUGGAUUCCUCGGCGGUCUUCCUGAAGGCAAUACACCGUUCUGUGAACGAAUUGCGGUAGAAACUGGGUCGGUGGUGAUCUCGACAUCACAUCGGUAUGCCCCUCGAUAUACUUUUCCGGUUGCACACGAGGAUAUCCAGGAUGUAGCAGAAUGGUUAAUUGAAAAUGCCGAGAGACUCUGGGCCGCCGAUCCGAGAUUAAUGAGCGUGAGUGGAUUCUCCUCCGGAGGGAAUCUGGCAUUGGGCGUUGCGCAAUGGUUGGCCCGGUCGGAGUUCAAUGUGAAGGCGGCGGUGAUCUUCUACGCACCCGUUGAUCUGCGAUUGCCACCGUGGGAAAAGCCGAAACCGGCCAGUUUCCCCGAACAAGAUCCCUUGGCUUUUGUUUUACCGUUGAUGGAUUCCUAUGCAGGUCCGGAGCGGGAGAAGUAUUGGGAUAGCCCAUUACUCCAUCCCAUUCUAGCAGAUAUUGAGUCACUGCCGCGGAAUAUAUUGUUCCUUUCUGCGAAAAUCGAUAUACUUCUGCAUGAGCAAACGGUGUUUAUAAGCAGACUGCAAGAGGAGGCCGCCGUUCUGAAUCGCCAGAUCAACCUCUCAAAGGACGCAUCACAAGAUGAGGAUGCUGAAGAGCCGGUAUUGCUAUUACCAAAUUCUAAUACACUUAAUCAACAGCCCUAUCGUAUUGAGGGAAGGUUCUUUGAUGAUCAACUGCAUGGAUGGGCUGAGUAUCAUCGCUUUAUACCACGUUUCCUCCUUCGCCAGUUCGCCGCGGCCGAGCAACCCCCACCACUGCACCUCACACGGUGUCAAAGAAGAAGGCCAGGCAACGGCAGGCCACAGGCGCAGUCGUCCAAUUUCGUCAACGCGAUAGGCUUAACAAGGAAUGUCUUGAUCCAAGUACUGGUAUCUCGCGAGUUUGGGCUGGUCGACAUGUACCCGGAUCGUGGGUACCAAAACCCCAGACAUAUCGAGGAUGAUCUCGGGAGGUUGGAAGACCGUGCUACUAGAAUUAUCAGAAGAUCAUCUGAUACAUUCAAAGCCGACCGUACACUAGAGUUAACUCGUUACGAGAGAGAUACCCUAAGAAAGUCUCUCUUUUUGAUGAAAUACAGGAACUCUACCCUUUGCGAUCGCUACAACUAUGACAGUAUCACGGCAUACGAUUCCAAUGACAAACAUCGCUUGGAGAUCUACAUGAGGGAGAAGGGUUUCAAAUCGUCCCGUGAUGUCUGGUACACCUAUCUCAAGGCAUUUUUAGAUCUUGAGAUGGGUCCAGAUAUGCUGUGGAUCAGCAAGGUGCAUGGCCAAGCUUUCCCGGAAGACGCCACCGAGAAACUCGUUGAAGGAGCGUACGCGGAAUAUCAUAAUUUUGCGCCGAUCUCUGCAAAACUAAUCAUUGUUUUGAGAAGUGCAGAGGAUCUCCAGAGUGAGUGGAAUAGGAUGCGUGAAAUGAAAUGCGGGGACUCCUACUCGACCAUCAUCAACGGUAAACCCGUCUUGAAGCCAAAUCGGGGUUCGCGGUCUGAAGACCGGUUCUACUUUACCUGUUUCCGCAUAUCAUCCUACCACAUCAAUCUGAUCAACAUGUACAAAUCUAGAUUAGCUCUCGGAAGAACCCUCAAAGCAUACCUCGAAGACGAUAGGGCCUAUUUCAAAGCUGUAACGGACAAUGCCACUGGCCCUCGCUUGGCAUUCCUAAAGAAAUUGGAAAAGAUCGCACAAUAA